CCGCCCCUUCCAUGGGAGCCGCGCUCGCCUGCAGCCGCCGCGGGGCGGGCGCGAUGCCACGAUGGGCCUGAUCUGGCUCCUGCUGCUCAGCCUGCUGGAGCCCAGCUGGCCGGCCGGCCCCGGGGCGCGGCUUCGGCGCGAUGCGGGCGGCCGCGGCGGUGUCUACGAGCAUCUUGGCGGGGCCCCCCGGCGCCGCAAGCUCUACUGCGCCACGAAGUACCACCUCCAGCUGCACCCGAGCGGCCGCGUCAACGGCAGCCUGGAGAACAGCGCCUACAGUAUCCUGGAGAUAACCGCAGUGGAGGUGGGCAUUGUGGCCAUCAAGGGGCUCUUCUCCGGACGGUACCUGGCCAUGAACAAGAGAGGACGGCUCUACGCUUCGGAGAACUACAACGCCGAGUGCGAGUUUGUGGAGCGGAUCCACGAGCUGGGCUACAACACCUACGCCUCCCGGCUGUACCGGACAGUGCCCACCGGCCCGGGGGCCCGGCGCCAGCCCAGCGCCGAGAGACUGUGGUACGUGUCGGUCAACGGCAAGGGCCGGCCCCGCAGGGGCUUCAAGACCCGCCGCACACAGAAGUCCUCGCUGUUCCUGCCCCGCGUGCUCGACCACAAGGACCACGAGAUGGUGCGGCUGCUGCAGAGCGGGGCCGGGCCGCCUGGCCAGGGCACCCAGCCACGUUGGCGGCGCCAGCGCCAGAGGGGUCAUGCCUAG